AUGCAAGAGAGCCGCGAGUUUUACGACGCGCGGACCGGUCCGCCUAGCUUGAAUGUCGAUCCUCAAAAUGUUAACGGCGACGUGAGUGCCCCUGUGUCCCACCGCGUGCCAGAGAUCGAAACUAUCGAUGGCAACGACAAUACCAGGGGCAACCCAGACGAGCCGGCACCUGCUCUGCCAUCGAGCUCACAUCCACUCGUGGACGCGCAUCAUGAUGCUCCUGUUGAUAUACAACGGAGCCAAACGGAGUCCACGCACGAUUUGCCUUUGAUGAAGACCCCAGCUGCCAUGCCGUCAGACUACUCGGUGUCACCGGCGGAGCCAGUGGCUCCAGAAGCCAGUCACGCGAAUACCUACACUCACAAAGCAUACCCCGUGCAAGUUCUGGAUCCUGUUGGUGUGGAAGAUUUUGCCCAUCGUAUGGAUGACAUAACUCGCAGACAAAGUAUAGCAUACUCAAAAAAUGGUGACCCUGAGAAGCAGCCGUACCAAGUGCCUGGAACGGCCAAUCCAUUCGACGAAAAUGCUCGCUUCGAUCUCGCUGCUUUCCUCAAGUAUCAAAGCGAGACUCUCCAGGAGCGAAACAAUGAGCUUCCAAGAAUGGGACUUGGCUUCGAACAUCUCAGCGUUACUGGUUACGGAUCAGGCGCCAAGUUCAAUUCGAGCGUGGCGUCUUUGUUCCUCACACCAUUUUACUUGCCUUCGAUCAUCAUGGGUAUGCUUCGCCCGCAUGUCAAGCACAUUUUGACAGAUGUCACUGGUUGUGUCAAGCCUGGCGAAAUGCUUUUGGUGCUUGGCCGCCCUGGUAGUGGCUGUACGACAUUGCUCAAGUCACUUGCUUCGUAUCGCGAUGGCUACCGCAGCAUUGAAGGCAAGGUGCUCUAUGAGGGAUUCGAUCACAAGAUGAUCGACAACACCUUGCGUGGUGACGUUGUGUAUGCGCCUGAGGAUGAUAACCAUUUCCCCACUCUCAGCGUGAAGGACACACUCAACUUCGCAGCUGCUACACGGACGCCCAACUCUGACUAUCGUGUCACUUUUGAUGACAAGAAUACACGCAAGCAGUUCAAGAAACUGAUGCGUGAGGCAAUUGCGACGAUUCUUGGUUUGCGCCACACCUAUAACACCAUGGUCGGUGAUUCAUUCAUUCGUGGUGUUUCUGGUGGUGAACGUAAGCGUGUCAGUAUUGCUGAAGCAUUGGAGACUCGCGCUCGGAUUCUCAUGUUUGACAACUCGUCGCGUGGUUUGGACUCUUCGACGGCACUGGAAUUUGUCGAGUCACUGCGUAUUGCCACAGACGUGCUCGGCCUGACGACCAUCUCCAGCAUUUACCAGGCAGGCGAGUCUAUCACGCAAACCUUUGAUAAGGUGGUUUUGAUGAACAAAGGGCACUGUGUGUAUUUUGGCCCAGUGUCUCAAGCGGUCGACUAUUUCAAAUCGAUUGGUUUCGUUCCGCAAGACCGCCAGACCACUUCUGACUUUUUGGUCGCCUGUACGGAUCCAAUUGGUCGGAAUAUCAACCCUAACUUCGAGUACGUGCCUCAGACCGCUGAGGAGAUGGCAGAGGCAUUCCGUACAUCUCCUUGCGGCCAGGCAAACGCACAAGAGGUUCAACAGUACAUGGCUGAGAUGGAGAAUCAACGCGCUCAUCAUGGCAAAGAAAUCGUAACCCAGUCUCGUGACCAACGUAGCAAACGCGUCUCGAAGAAGGGUAUGUACAUGCUUUCAUGGCCUCAGCAAGUGGCUCUCGCCAUCAAGCGCCGUGCUCAGAUUGCCUGGGGAGAUCGCUCGACUGCGAUAGUGUUGUCUUGUGCUUUGAUUUUCCAGUCCAUCAUUAUGGGCUCGGUCUUCUUCCAAAUGAAAAAUAACUCAGAGGCCUUGUUCUCUCGCAGCGGUGUUAUGUUUUUUGCCCUUUUGUAUAACAGUUUCGCAGCCAUGGCUGAAGUGCCAAACAACUACCGUCAGCGACCAAUCAUUAUUCGUCACAAACGAUUUGCUAUGCUCCGCCCCUCGGCUGAUGCAUUAUCACACACAUUACUUGACAUUCCCGCACGUUUCGUUCCCCUGGGACUUUUCAAUAUCAUCCUGUACUUCAUGGCUGGUCUAUCGUAUGAUGCAGGGAAGUUUUUCAUUUUCUUUUUCUUGACGAUGUUGGUGACAUUUAGCAUGGUAUCAUUCUUCUACUCGCUAACUGCCUCGUUCCGUUCUGCGGCCGUCGCAACGAUGAUUGCUGGUCUUGUCAUUAUUGAUUGUGGUUUGUAUGCCGGUUUCGCUAUUCCGAGACCCUCGAUGGUUGUUUGGUGGCGCUGGCUUUCGUACUGUAAUCCGAUCUCGUUUGGAUUCGAGGUCCUGCUCACGAACGAGUUCCGAGGCAGGAUCCUGGAUUGCCACCCAUCUCAGCUUGUCCCACCAGGUGCUUCUGUCAAUUAUCAAGUUUGUGCUGUCGAGGGUUCAAGGCCUGGCACAGACAAAAUUGAUCCAAUGAGGUAUCUGGAUCAGAAGUACGGCUACAGUUGGGAUAACACGCACAGGAAUGUGGGUAUCAUUAUUGGCUUUUAUGUCUUCUUCGUUCUCGUCUAUAUGUUCAUGUCGGAGCUCCAGACGGAUCCAUCAUCAAUGGGCGGUAUCAUGAUUUUCAAGCGCGGACGAGUCGACCGGAAGAUGCUCGAUGAGUUUGCCGACGAUCCAGAAUCUGCUAUGAUCAAAGAUGAGCACGUGCAAGAAGCUAAAAAUGGCGAGGAGGAAAAGCCCAAGGGCACUCUUGAAGUGUCUGACGAAGUGUUCAGUUGGCAAAAUCUCUGCUAUGACAUUCAAAUCAAGGGCAACCCACGCCGUCUUCUCGACCAUGUUUCUGGAUUUGUCUCCCCAGGAAAAAUGACAGCACUUAUGGGUGAGAGUGGUGCAGGCAAAACGACUUUACUCAACGUGCUUGCACAGCGCACAGAUGUCGGGGUUGUCACGGGCGAUUUCUUGGUAAACGGACGUCCACUACCUCGCUCGUUCCAGGCUGACACUGGCUAUUGCCAACAGCAAGAUGUGCACCUUCCUCAACAGACAGUGCGUGAGGCUUUGCAGUUUUCUGCAAUACUUCGCCAGCCUCGCGAAACGCCCAAGGAAGAGCGGCUCGCCUAUGUGGAAGAGGUCAUCCGUUUAUUGGAGAUGGAGCGUUUUGCGGAAGCCAUUGUCGGCGAUGACGGCGAAGGUUUGAAUGUUGAGCAACGGAAGCGCCUUACGAUCGGCGUCGAGCUGGCGGCGAAGCCGAGUCUUUUGCUUUUCUUGGACGAGCCGACGUCUGGUCUGGACGCACAAGCAGCCUGGUCGGUCGUGCGUUUCUUGAAGAAGCUGGCGUCUGAGGGUCAAGCGAUUCUGUGUACGAUCCACCAGCCGAGUGGAGAGCUGUUCAAUCAGUUUGACCGAUUGCUUCUGUUGCAGAAGGGGGGUAAGACGGCUUACUUCGGCGACCUUGGACCGAACUCUUCCACUUUGAUUGAGUACUUUGAGACGCGAAGUGGAAUCAAGUGUGGUGAAAACGACAACCCCGCAGAGUACAUCCUGGAUGUUAUUGGCGCUGGUGCCACGGCCACAACAGACAAAGACUGGUUUGCAUUGUUCCGUUCGAGUGAGAAGUAUCAGGAGCUUGAGAGAGAACUCGCGCGUCUGAAUCAACUCGGACAGAAGCCCAUGGAGAUCUCGACAGAAUCGUCCGCCCGGCUCGAUCGUGAGUAUGCUCAGCCAUUCUCUGUGCAACUCAAGGAGGCUGUGCAUCGUGUGUUUUUGUCCUACUGGCGCAACCCGACAUACAUAAGCUCCAAGUUAUUCUUGAAUCUCGUCGGUGGCUUGUUCAUUGGCUCAAGUUUCUGGGGUCAAGGUGAUAAGACUUCGAAUGCCAGUCUUCAGAACAAGCUCUUUGCCACAUUCAUGUCUCUUGUGCUUUCAACAUCGCUUUCCCAGCAACUGCAGCCCGAGUUCAUCAACCAGCGCAACUUGUUCGAAGUGCGUGAACGUCCCUCGAAGUUGUAUAGCUGGGUUGUAUUCCUUUUGAGCCAGGCCAUUGUCGAGAUUCCUUGGAACUUGUUUGGUGGAACUCUGUUCUGGAUUCCUUGGUAUUACAUGGCGCAGUUUGGCAGAGAAAGCUCGCGUGCGGGAUUCAGUUGGGGCAUGUAUAUGAUUUUCCAAAUUUAUUUCGCGUCCUUCGCUCAAGCUGUCGCCACAGUUGCACCAAAUGCAAUGAUUGCAUCCGUUCUAUUCUCCACACUCUUCUCCUUUGUGAUGGUGUUUUGUGGUGUCAUCCAGCCCCCCCGACAGCUUCCCUAUUUCUGGAGAGAGUGGAUGUUUUAUUUGAGCCCAUUCACAUGGUUGAUUGAAAGCAUGAUGGGUAAUUUCAUACAUGACAAGGUUGUGAGGUGCUUGCCGGAUGAGUUGAAUGACGUACCUACUCCGCCGGGCACAUCUUGUGAACAGCACAUGGACUUUACGGUAAGUCUUUCACGGGCUGAUCAAUCGCCCUUGGACGGCUCGCUUCCUGGCUUUGGCUAUUACGUUGCUGGACAAAAUGGAUCAUGCCAAUUUUGCUCGAUGCGCAAAGGUGAGGACUACUUGUCUAGCAUCAAGUUGAAGUCGGAAAAUCGAUUCCGAGACAUUGGUUUCAUGUUUGCCUACAUUGUUUUCAACUACUUGUUGUAUGUGGGCUUGUACUAUCUGAUGCGCGUCCAUAACUGGAAGAGUCCUUCAAGAAUGAAACAAUCACGCCCUCAACCCAGCGCGCCGCAGGAGGACAACUUUCCGCAGCAAGAAGGCUUGGAAACCAAACACUUGAACGCCUCUGAGAAGGAGACCACUCCAUCACCAUGA